AUGGCUACUGCUCGCACUUUAGGAAGAGAUCUUACUACCAAGGAACGGGAGUGUUUUGAGUUUCGAUUCGGGUUUAUUCCUGAACAUGGCGUGCAAAUUUCCUUCCCUAUUGCCUCUUUGUACAGUCCUCCUGAGGGCAAAUUCGGGAUCCCAAUCGCCUUGUUUGAGGCACAUCUGCAUUUUUCCUACCACCGAUUUCUUCAACUUUAUAAUCCGGGAAUACGAGUUUUCAGUAAGGGAGUUGAACCCUAUCGCUAUAAACAAUAUAGUCUAUUUGAAAUCCUUUGUCAUGCCCUAGGCCACUUUCCAACCGUUCUUGCUUUCAAGCACUUUUUUAAUGCCUCCACUCAGUUGGGGACUCGAACCCUUUCUCGCCACCGGGGAGUGCCUACUCUUAUCCAUGAUAAGAAGUAUAAGAAAAACUGUAAAGAUAAAUUCUUAUGGGUAAACAACGAUCUCAUGGUACUCAGUUACCGGAGGAAUAAGGUGUACAUUAACCAUGCUCCUGUGUUGUUUGGUGCAGAAAAGAAACUAGCUGAUGCCCUGGAGAAGAUCAGCAUCACCGGUGAAGAUUGGCUUGAUUGUUUCUUGGCUGCCGGUGGGAUGAGUGCUACUUGGAGGGCUUGUGGGAAGAUGCCUGAAUUAUUUGUUGAGAUAUAG